UGACCUGGUUUUCAGCACUGGCAUAUUGCUUUAGCGCUGUAUUUGAGUAUCAUCCCCCCGAUAUAUGUGAUGUCGGACUGCAGGCGACAGUGGAACCGGGAAGAUGAGCUCCCUGUGUACCUGGCUAAACCCAUCUCUGGACCUAACCAGCGGCACAAGUCUCAAGGACUGUUUAGCUCCGUCGAGGGCGCAUAUGAUAACAAGACUAUAAAUUUUGAUCAGUAUGCGGUGGGAAGGAAAGGAAACAGGACGCCACGGAGCUGUAGCAGAGAGCGCAUUCUGGAUGGGGACAUUGGAGCUUAUGAGAUCGGCGGGGGUUCCCUGAUCAGCUCAACGGGCGAGAAAGAUCAGACUGUAAAUUAUGGGCAAAACAACGGGAAGAGUGAUCGGCUGCUGAUUAAAGGAGGAAGAGUAGUUAAUGAUGAUCAAUCCCUCUAUUCGGAUGUCUAUGUUGAAGAUGGACUUAUUAAACAGGUUGGGGAGAACCUGAUUGUGCCGGGGGGUGUGAAGGUGAUUGAGGCUAAUGGGUGUAUGGUGAUACCUGGAGGCAUUGAUGUGAACACCUGCCUGCUUAAGCCCUACCUGGGCACCUCGCCUGUGGAUGACUUCUACCAGGGUACCAAAGCUGCACUGGCAGGAGGAACUACCAUGAUCAUCGACCACGUGAGUCCACUGCCAGGGGACAGUGUUUUGGAGGUCUUUGAGAAGUGGCAGGAAGCAGCCGAAAGGAAGUGCUGCUGUGAUUAUUCAUUCCAUGUGGAUAUCCCACAGUGGAAUGAAGGUGUAAAGGAAGAGCUUGAGCUGCUGGUACAGGAAAAAGGAAUCAACUCUUUCCAGGUGUACAUGGCUUAUAAAGGUUUAUUCCAAAUGACUGACUCUCAGUUGUAUGAAGCAUUUUCAUUCCUUAAGGAGCUAGGUGCGGUGGUGCUGGUCCAUGCAGAGAAUGGAGACCUCAUAGCCCAGGAGCAAAGCAAAAUUUUGGGAAUGGGCAUUAAUGGUCCAGAGGGCCACCCACUGAGCCGCCCAGAGGAGCUGGAGGCGGAGGCUGUUUUCCGUGCCAUCACCCUCGGCAACCGAGUCAAUUGCCCAGUCUACAUUACCAAAGUGAUGAGUAAGAGUGCAGCUGAGACUGUGACCCAGGCACGGAGGAAAGGCUCUGUUGUAUUUGGUGAGCCAAUCACAGCCAGCUUGGCAACAGAUGGGUCACAUUACUGGAGCAAAAACUGGGCAAAAGCAGCAGCCUAUGUGACCUCUCCACCCCUCAGCCCUGACCCGACGACACCUGACUACCUUCACUCUCUACUGGCCAGUGGGGACCUGCAGGUCGUGGGUAGUGGGCAUUGUGCUUAUAGCACUUCUCAAAAGGCUAUAGGGAAGGACAACUUUACCCUUAUACCUGAGGGAACCAAUGGAGUAGAGGAGAGAAUGGGCUUUGUUUGGGACAAAUCUGUGGUCAUGGGGAAGAUGGAUGAAAAUCUAUUUGUAGCCGUUACCAGCACCAAUGCAGCCAAAAUCUUUAACAUUUACCCACGUAAGGGUCGGAUAGCAGUGGGUUCAGAUGCUGAUAUUGUCAUCUGGGACCCCAGCAAGAUGAAGACCAUCACAGCUAAAGCACAGCAGUCAGCUCUGGAGUAUAAUAUAUUUGAGGGAAUGGAGUGUCGCGGUGGACCCGUGUAUGUUGUCAGUCAGGGCAGGAUUGUGUUUGAGGACGGGAAGCUUCAGGUUCAGCAGGGCACUGGACGCUUCAUCUCCCGCAAACCCUUCCCUGACCACGCCUACCAGCGCAUUAAGAUGCGCAACAAGAUGAUGAGCAAGCAGGGAGUGUCACGUGGGAUGUAUGAUGGUCCAGUAUACGACGUUCCAUUGACGCCCAAAUACACAACCCCAGCACCCUCAGCCAAAACCUCACCCACUUCACACCAGCCACCACCAAUCAGAAACUUGCAUCAGUCUAACUUUAGUCUAUCAGGGGCGCAAGUUGAUGACAACGUUCCUCGGCGCUCUGGCCAUCGCAUUGUUGCACCCCCUGGUGGCCGCUCCAACAUCACCAGCCUUGGUUGAACCUUUAGCAGCUCCCAACUGACUUUGAGUGUGUAUGUUAGUGUGUGUUUGUGAGACUGUGUGUGUGUCUGAAUUAAUAGAGUCAGAUCUGUUGACAAACCAUCAGUACUCUCCUCACACAGGGCCAUGCUAUGAACUGAUUUUUUAAUCAAUUCUUACUUGUGCAUUUUAAAAUAUGGUCCUUAAUAUGUUGGUCACCUUAACUUACCAGUGCAGUAAAACUGAUAAAGAAUACAUAGACAUAUACGUAGAGACAUGCAUAGACAAUCACCAAAAUAUUCUAUAACAAAAGCAUCUAAACAAUGACAAAAUAACCGCACAAACUUUUUGAAGUUAAUUAUUGAGCUUUUAUUCUUCUGCUGUAACCCCAGUGUUUGUGACAGUGUUGAAAAUGUCACAAACAUUGAAGCUUAGCGUUGUCGCCCUCUUUUGCUGGUUGUCCCUCAAAAUGGUGCUCCUUCUACUGGACAACUGGCAGGACUACCAAUCACUUAACUGGUAGUGACAAUUGGGGUAAAAGUGCUUCAGAAUGCAUGCCUGAGGUCAGUUUUAGGCACAGUUGUACUGCUAAUUAUUCUAAAGCUGAGCUAAGAGCUGCAUUCAUAAGCACUUUUGACUCUCCUGUUCUCUGUGCACUGAAAUAUUUGUUCUGAUAAUAAUUCUGUGUGAUCAGUCUCUUUGUGGUAAAGAGUAUGUAUAAAGUGCAUGAUUUCACUUGUAGAUGUUGGUAUUGCUCACAUCUGGGUAGUUAACUGAGGUAUAUACUUAAUGUUUCUUAUUCUUUAUACUAUAAAAGACUGUUUUAUUUUUCACCGCAUUUAAAUUAAGUAGAAUUAAAACAAUGCAAUAUUUGAGAAAUAUCACAUUUCAUUGCUGCAUGUGAUGAAUUAGGUACACUCUCUCAAGCUCUUCCUAGUUGUGUAGAUUUUGCUUAUUGGCAAAACUAGACGUAGACUAGAGAACCUAUUGUAUUCACAUUACCUCAAUACCACAAAUGCAAAAUCAGAGAAAAAAAAACACCUUCUGUAUAUGCAAGCUGCAAUUUUUUUUUGACACAUGCACUCGAAGAGCUGUGGUCUUACCUUGUAUGCUGCCAUUUCUUUUCUCCUACUGUGAGAUUUUUACAGUAUUGCUCCAUAUGCAUCACGCACUAUACCUGUUGCCUAGUCACUGUGUAAGCUGAAAGUCUUAAUAAUGAACUUCCACUGCUUAAAGGGUUAUUAUCCCUGAUGUUCUAGACCAAUACACUGCCAUUUCCAAGCCUUCUGUAUUACUUUACCUACCCUUUUGUGAUUUUGUAUUGCCUAUGGUAUUUAUAGUGUUUAUGAUCAAUGUCAUUUUAGUUUUGUAGGCUGAUAUCCACUAAUGCACUCAUUUGCUGUUAAUAAUGAUAUUCACUUUGCUAUGGUGAAUAAAAAUAGUCUAUGAAUUGAUGUUGUUGAAGAUGGUGCUGUUUAUGACAUUUUUAAAUUGAAAUGUAUUUAUAAAACUUACAUUACAAACAACUCAUUAAA